AUGGUUUUCUUACUAUUGGUGGUGGCAAUUGUUUUGACGGCUUCGAUAGUUUUGUGGAUCGCUCGACGACUGAGACGGAAACUGUCUUUCACGUCUUAUGAUUCUCUUCCGGAGCCAACACCAAUCUAUAUCACUCCUGAGCAAUUGGCAACUUACGAUGGUCGACCGUGGCGGCCGUUCCGGUGGCCCUACCACCAGACAAUGUCUAUAUACAAGCUUGACGUCAAUCACUGGCUCGACAUGGACCGGUACUACCCGCAUUUGAUCGAGCUGAAGCAGCAGGUAUUCGCCAAGUGGGGGCGGGACUACCUCGACUGGCUUCCCGAAAGCGCCGACGGGUGUCAGGAAUUGAUGGAGGUGGUGGUCAACCACAUGCUUUUACGCUACCCUAAUUUAUUCCUGGCCGUCAAUGCUGACCACACUGUUAUCCGGAAUGAGAUCACCGGAGACGUUAUCGAUAUGACACCCCCUUUGCAACACCACCCUUUAAAAUAUGUGGCGAGAAUCGCCCAAGAAGACUUCUACGUUGUCAAGCAGAGACUGGAUGGGCGACACUAUCUUGUGGCAGCAGCGGUAGCAUUUCCGGGGGGAGGGUUUGGCGUUCUGGAUAAGCUCGGCCAGCACUUGGAUGUUAUUCACGGCGAGGUUCCCCUAUACAAAGAGAAGUUACAGAAACUGAUGGAGAAAUGGUUCGGUCGGCUUGAGGUGGGGAAACCCGUUGAACGGGCUCUGUGGCUCUUAACUUGGGACCACAAGUUGCGCACCACCGGCUGCUAUGCUGAUGGACCUCACACGGGCCACCAAAAUACAGACUUGAGCACGUUGCCGGAUGAAGCAUUGAACGUCCGUAUUGAGCGACAAGCGUUACGACGGCUCCCCCGCUCGCGGGUGAUCGUAUUCCUGAAUCACCCUCUAUACUACUCCAUUGAGGAAAUGAAAGACGAACCCAUGGUCCCCAGCUUGAUAAAACAGGUGAUAAACCAUGCUGACGAAAGGAUCGUACGCUAUAAAAAUUUCCCCGUCUCAAAGAACCGCGCCAAUGACCUAUUAGACCGACUUAUCUCCCGGCAGCUUGAGUUAGGAAUAAUCGAUAAAGAAGAGCCCAUCAGAACUCUUCCGACUUAUCCAUUUGCACACUGGGUGGUCCAAGAUGUUGACGAAAACGGAUGGACUAAUCCUGGGUCAAGCUACACCAAAGAAAAGUACAAUUGGCUUCCAGAUAAGUUUGAUGAGAGCAGCUAUCCUACCAACGGAUUCUGA